GGGACGAGGAGAGCGACAUGAGAGAGGAGGAACUCCGGCAGAUCCAGAGAGAGAUACGAGAGCUGGAGAGAGAGAUCCAGCUGAGAAAGAAGGAGAUGAAGAGAAAAGAGAAGCUGGAGAAGAAGAGAAAGCAGAAGGAGAAGGAAAGGAGAGAGGAGGAGGAGGAGGUGAGAGAACGACUGACCCGGGGGAUCGUGGAAUUUUGGAGAUCCAGGAGGCUGGAACUGGAGAACCCCUGGGAGCUUGAGGAGAGGAGACGUGAUGAGGAACGUCCUAGAAAAACGCCCACAAAACCCAGCGGGCGACAGAGACGGUACAGAGUGCAGGACACGCCGAUGUUCUCAGAAGGACCGGCUGACCUGGUUGACCGUAUCAGAUGGACUUUAGUGGAUCUAACGGAGCUCGAGCUGCAGCAACAGAGGGCCGAUUUUGAUCGGAGGAGAAGGACGCUGGACGACAUUCAGAGUGAGGUGGAUCGCUUAAAGAAACUGGCCGUGAAGCUCCAAAACAAGUACAGCGUCCAGCAGGAGGACGUGACGACCGUCCGAGCGGAUACGAUGGUCAGACGGCUCAAAGAUCUCGAGUUUACGGUGAAAGAGACUGAGCCACGAGGACAACGGUCGACCGUGGAUGGAUUUAAGAAAGAGCUGGAAGAAAUCAGGAGGAGAAUAAAUGUAGGAGAGCACAGAGAGGAGAACCAGCACGGCUAUUUAAACAUCACAGAGCUGAAGCAGGAGAUCGAGCUGGUAAAGUACGAAGCUCGACUGAACUAUCAGUCUGGUGGGAGAACUGGGAUGUACAGACUGAAAGAUCUGGAGAAGGAACAUCAGGAGCAGAAGGAGAUUAUAGGAGAAACGGCCAUGCUGGGUCAGUCUGAGAGAAAGAGGCGAGAGGAACAUCUAGAUGAACGAGAGAGGGACUUAAAGAGAAAAAUAAGAGAAAUAGAGAGAAAGAUAGAGGAGAAACAUGAGCUGGAUCUGAGAAAAGAGGAGGAGAAAUGGAAGGAGGAGAUGAAAAGGCAGGAGGAAAAGUCCCGGCUCAAGUAUCAGGAGAUGUUCAGAAAGAGGGAGGAGGAGAUCAGGAUGGAGAAAGAGGAGAACAGAACCAGACGAGAACGUUUCAGAGCUAAAGAGAUGAAGCGGCGAGAUGAACCACUUCAGGAGAAUCUGGAGAAAGAACAUGAGCAGCUCCAAGAACAGCAGAUAAGAAAUGUGGAAAAGCAGAGGAGUAAAGAGCUGCAGGAGAAAGAGGAGGAGCUGGAGAGAGAGAGAAAGCUGAUGGAGGAGAAGCAAAGAGAGAGAGAAGCAGAGCUGGGAGAGACGAUGAGAAAGCUCGAGGAGGAGAGAGAAAGAGCGAGUAAGAGAAAGGAGGAGGAAUGGAAACGAAAGGAGCAGGAGAUGAGGUCUCGUCUCCAUGAGAUGGAGAGAAAAUGGAUGGAGGAGAAUGAGGAGAGGAUGAAGAAAAUGAGGAGCGAGACUGAAAGAUUUGAGACGGAGAAGCGAAGACGAGAAGUUCAGUUAGAGGCUCUCUGGAGAGAGAAGGAAAAAAUUAACGAGGAGAAAGAGAGGAGGUGGAAAGAAAUGGAGAGGAAACUGGAGGAGGAGAAAAAGAGUGAGAUAAAGGAGCUGAAAGAGAAAAUUAUGGAGGAGGUGAAAGAGACGGAGAUGGAGCAGCAGACAGCCAGUGACAUAGAGAAGGAGAAAGAGAAUGGGAUGAAAGAGGAGGAGGCACAGAAGGAGAUAAAGGAGCUGGAAGAGAAAAUUAUAGAGGAGGUGAAAGAGACAAAGAGUAUCCUUGAAGAGAAGAGAAGACAAGACGUUCAGUCAGAGGCUCAUUUCUGGAGAAAGAAGGAGAAAAUGAAGGAAGGGAAAGAGAGGAGGUGGAAAGAAAUUGAUAGGAAACUGAAGGAGAAGGAAGAGGAGGCAGAGGAGGAGAAAAAGAGUGAGAUAAAGGAGCUGGAAGAGAAAAUUAUAGAGGAGGCGAAAGAGACAGAGAUGAAGGAGCAGACAGACAGUGACAUGGAGAAGGAGAAUAAAAAUGAGAUGAAAAAGGAGGAGAAUGAGGCACAGGAGGAAAAGAGUGAGAUAAAGGAGCUGAAAGAGAAAAUUAUAGAGGAGGUGAAGGAGACGAAGAGUCGCCUGGAAGAGAAACAAAGACGAGACGUUCAGUCAGAGGCUCUCCUGAGAAAGAAGGAAAAAAUUAUUGAGGAGAAUGAGAGGAGGUUGAAAAAAAUGAAGAGCAAGAUGGAAGAGGAGGAAAAGAGUGAGAGAAAGGAAAUGAAAGAGAAAAUUAUAGAGGAGAUGAUAAAGACGGAGAUGGAGGAGCAGACAGACAGUGACAUGGAGAAGGAGAAAGAGAAUAAGAUGAAAAAGGAGGAGGCAAUGAAGGAGAUAAAGGAGCUGAAAGAGAUGGAGAGUCACCUGGUAGAGAAACGAAGACGAGACGUUCAGUCAGUAGCUCAUCUCCGGAGAAAGAUGGAAAAAACGAACGAGGAGAAAGAGAGGAGGUGGAAAGAAAUGGAGAGGAAAAUGAAGGAGGAGGAAAAGAGUGAGAUAAAGGAGCUGGAAGAGAAAAUAGAGCUGGAAGAGAAAAUUAUAGAGGAGAUGAUGGAGACAGAGAUGACAGACAGUGACAUGGAGGAGGAGAAAGAGAACGAGAUGAAAGAGGAGGAGGAGAAAAAGAGUGAAAUAAAGGAGCUGGAAGAGAAAAUUAUAGAGGAGGUGAAAGAGAAACGUAGACGAGACAAACAGUCAGAGGCUCUCCGGAGAAAGAUGGAAAAAAUUAACGAGGAGAAAGAGAGGAGGUGGAAAGAAAUGAAGAGAAAGAUGAAGGAGGAGGAGAAAAAGUUUGAAAUGAAGGGGCUGAAAAAGAAUAUUAUAGAGGAGAUGACAGAGACAGAGAUGGAGGAGCAGAGAGACAGUGACAUGGAGAAGGAGAAUGAAAAUGAGGUGAGAAAGGAGGAGAAGGAGGCACAGGAAAAAAAAAGUGAGAUAAAGGAGCUGGAAAAGAAAAAUAUAGAGGAGAUGAUAGAGAUGGAGAUAGAGGAGCAGACAGACAGUGACAUGGAGAGAAAUAUAAAGGAGGAGGAGGAGAACAAUGAGAAGCUUCUGGAACAGAACUUUCUGCAGCUUGAUCCAGAUUCUCCACCCAAAGAAAUGACGCUCCUCACCAGCCGGCCCGUCGUACCGAACACCGACCCCACAGAAAACGAGCCUCACCAGAGCUUGGACUCCCGGUCUGUAGGAGCUGAUGGUGAUGCUCCUCAAAGUGAAGCUGAGCAGGUGAAGCUCGAUCUGAGCUCCGACCCCACUAGAGACGAGACCCGUCAGUGCUCGGGGCCUCCGGCUGCCCUCGGCGCUCCUCCACCCCCUGAGGAGAGAGCCGAGACCGACGCCGUGAAGGAACUGCAGCGAAACGCUCCUAAAGUCAUCGAGGAGAAGGAGGAGAAGGAAUCCCGCUGUGAGGAGAAGAAGUCCGAAUACAGGAGCACGCCGGGCCUGGUGGUGGAGUGGGUCAGUAAUAAGAUGAAGGAACGCUACCAGAGGAAGAUGGAGAAGAGCUUGAGGAGAGAGGAGCUGGAUGGACACAAAUACUACGUCAUGAAUUAUGGUGGUUACGUUCAGGAGGUACAAGUGGCCAAAUAUGAGAGGCAGAAACAAAAGGAGCUGCAGAAGACGGAGCAGAGGCGCCAGGAACUGGAGGAGCGCUUCAGAAAGUGGGAGGAGAAAAGGGCCACGAAAAAGGCCGAGAAGAAGAAAGAGAAGCUCGCGGAGCAGGAGAACGAGGAGCAUCGUGGGCUGGUGGAUUGCUGGAGAAAGUGGCAGCAGAAGAGAAAACAGAAGAACAUGAACGAGAAGGAGGACAGGAAAGAGAAGGAGCUCAAGCAGCCUGAUCGCUCUUCUCCAGACCCCGGAGAAGCUCUCACACCGAGCCCAGAUCACCACGAGGAAUCCCAUCCUGAUCCUCAAGAAUGUAAAGCUCGGCUCAUCCUGGUCAGGCCGAUCAAUAAGAAAUUCAAACCCACAGAUUACGAGUCGCGAUUGUGCUCGUGCCUACCGCGUGUGGACUAAAAACAUCAAGGAACUCACAGCGCAGGACGAGAAGAAGAAGAAAAGCUGCCGUGAGGUUUCCAGAGAAGAACAUCAGAGCUCCUCAAUAAAGUUAAUAAUGAAAUGUUCUA